AUGCCCGAGUCUUCCACUCGUGCCUACAACGGCAGCAAUGUUGCCAACAAUAACGAUGCCACCACCGCCAACAAACCCCUUCAUGGUCGCGAAUCCUCCUAUAGCCUUGACCGGUUCCUUUCUGACAUGGACCGAAGCCACCCACCCGGGUACGGACAAGCACAGAGCCCUUCCGAAUCGAAACAACGAAUGCAAAAAAUUCUGCACAGCUUUGAGGCUAAAUUUGCCUCCAGCAGCGACCUUCCUCAUGGCAACGAGUCUGCUUCUCGCAGUUAG